ACCCACAGCUUUCUGCGCUCUCUUCUAUCUCUCUCUCUCUAAACCUUCUCGCCUCCGUUGAUUUCGCCGGCCAUAACAAUGCAGUCUCUGCUCAGAUUCGCCGUUUAAGGAUUUUUGGUUCUUUGACGCUGCAUUUUCUGAUCCUCUGUUGAGAGUUGUAUUUCGAGUCCUCAUUUUGACACAUCAACCGCGGAGCUGUUUUAUUUGCUUUCUUGAAAUCCGAGAAAAUCGAGUUUCCAACGCUUCGGGAAUGUUCGAGAAAAACAAAUCGUGCCCAAUGAGCUACUGGUGAUUUCGCUGCAGACCUGGAUCGUUGAUUUCUGGGGAAGUCCGAGAAAAUCCAGUUCAACCCAGUUUUCUAGAAGUGAUUUGUGUAUGACCCAGAUCCUUGAACGUCACAGUUUGUUGGGAAACUGGGAAAAAGAAAAGGAAAAAAAAUCAAACACUAGAUUUGACCUCGAAAGCCACAAAUCUCUGUUUCAAGGCAACUUGGUGGUUGGUAUUCUCUGUCUGUGAGUUAUUCAAUUUACAAGUGUUUUGAUUUCUUCGAGUUCACUCCAAAAUGUCGGAAACAAAUCCAAACACACCCUUGAUUCCACCAUCGCCAUCCCGAAAGCUUCCCGAUUUCAAAAAGUCUGUGAAAUUGAAAUACGUGAAACUUGGCUACCAUUACCUCAUUACCCAUGGCAUGUACCUUUUCCUAUCGCCUCUCAUUGUCCUCAUUGCUGCCCAGCUCUCCACAUUCUCUCUCCAAGAUCUCCAUGAUCUCUGGGAAAAUCUUAAAUUCAAUCUCAUUUCAGUGAUCCUUUUCUCGGCUCUCCUUGUCUUUUUAUCGACCCUCUAUGUCCUUUCUCGUCCUCGCCCUGUUUAUCUGGUUGAUUUCUCGUGCUAUAAGCCUGAUGAUGCUAGGAAAUGUUCUAGGCAGAUUUUCAUGGAUCGGUCCAAGCAGAUUGGUACAUUUACAGAGGAAAAUAUUGAGUUUCAAAAGAAAAUUAUCGAGAGAUCAGGGCUUGGGGAGUCAACUUACCUCCCUGAGGCUGUUAUCAAUGUUCCACCAAAUCCAUCAAUGGCAGAAGCCAGAAAAGAAGCUGAGAUGGUGAUGUUUGGGGCACUUGAUCAGCUUUUUGAAAAGACGAUGGUGAAACCGAAAGAUAUUGGGAUUUUGAUUGUGAAUUGUAGUUUGUUUAAUCCGACUCCGUCUCUUUCAGCAAUGGUCAUUAACCAUUAUAAGCUUCGAGGGAAUAUUAUUAGCUAUAAUCUAGGUGGGAUGGGCUGUAGUGCUGGUUUGAUAUCAAUUGAUCUUGCCAAAAAUCUCCUUCAAGUUCAUCCUAAUUCCUAUGCUUUGGUCAUUAGCAUGGAAAACAUCACUUUGAAUUGGUACUUUGGGAAUGAGAGGUCAAUGCUUGUUUCAAAUUGUUUGUUCAGAAUGGGGGGUGCUGCCAUUUUGCUUUCAAACAAGUGGUCUGACAGGCGACGAUCCAAGUAUCGGUUGGUUCAUACUGUUCGAACCCACAAAGGUUCUGAUGAUAAGUGUUUUGCUUGUGUUACCCAAAAGGAGGAUUCCAAUGGGAAGAUCGGAGUGUCUUUAUCGAAGGAUUUGAUGGCUGUUGCUGGAGAUGCUUUGAAGACUAAUAUCACUACCUUGGGUCCUCUUGUGCUGCCGAUGUCUGAACAGCUGCUUUUCUUUGCCACAUUGGUAGGGAAAAAGGUUUUCAAGAUGAAGGUGAAGCCCUAUAUUCCAGACUUCAAACUGGCUUUCGAGCAUUUUUGCAUUCAUGCUGGAGGAAGAGCUGUGCUGGAUGAAUUAGAGAAAAACUUGCAGCUUUCGGAUUGGCAUAUGGAACCUUCGAGGAUGACCCUCUACCGGUUUGGCAACACUUCAAGCAGCUCUCUUUGGUAUGAAUUGGCUUAUACAGAAGCCAAAGGGAGGGUGAAGAAGGGAGACAGAACAUGGCAGAUAGCAUUUGGCUCUGGAUUCAAAUGUAACAGUGCAAUUUGGAAGGCUCUUCGGACUGUGAAUCCAGCAAAGGAGAAGAACCCAUGGAUGGAUGAGAUACACUGGUUCCCAGUGGAUGUUCCAAUGGUCUCAACCCUCUAGAAUCCAAGUGAUGGUCUCUCAUUUGCAAUGGUGUUUUGGUGAUUGGUAUCUGGCUGUUUGAGUGGUGAAACCUUCAGCUUUUGCUGCAGAGUCUGUUUCUUUAGGGUAGUCCCAUGAAGAAUAUGCAUAUGGCAUGUGUGGUAGAAAAAUGCAGGAAAAGUAGCCUUUUGUUUUCAACUUCAUUCUUGUUUCUGAGUAGGAUAAUGAUGCUUGUUGGUAGGGAGUAAGUGUUAGAAUUAGUAGGAAUUUGAGAGGUAUUAGUUUGUCGAUUUGUAAUGGCGUUUGGGUUAGGUUGAGACUAGAGUUUAGUUUCGUGAGAAUGUAAUGCCCAUAUUUAUUUAGCUUCAUUUUGAUCUCUGUUCAGUGAUGUUAAGAUGAAUUGUUUCACUUCCUUGGCUGUGGUUCUAUGUUUAUCAGAAUCUUAUGUGGCAGUAAUUCAAAUAUC